AUGAUUCUUAAGAUUUCUGAGGCAGAAAUUGAAGCACCUGCUUUGGAGCGAUUACCAGAAAUCCUCAGUGAAAAACAGCAUCUAAUCAGCGAAGAAACAUCUUCAGAACUAUUGGAAAUAACACAAAGGAGUGCCACUAGUUUGAACAAAAUAGAGAUAUCAGAGCCAAUAUUAGAGAUCUCAGAGACAAUAUCAGAUGCAGAUGCUGAUUUUUAUAAAAAAGAAGGAAAACGUCGUAGUACAAAAAGAGAAAUCGGGAGUGUCAAGAAACCUGUAGCCACGGAGCGCAUGCGGAAAAAUCUCCACAGAAUAGAAAAACUGGGUUUGAAAAAAAUGCAGACACCAAAACGUACAAAGAAAUUUCCAGCGCCAAAGAGUGCCAUGAGGUCAAGAGAUGUCAAAUAUGUUCCCUACACUCGACCAUCCCAGUCAGUUAUUUCUAUUGGUCAAAAAAUAUGCCCUCCUCUUGGAACUAAGGAUUUCUUACCUUAUGAAAAAAGACCCCCUUCAAGAAAGAAGACCAAGCAAGAGGAAAAGGAACAUUAUGAACUGUCUCGUGAAAAAGAUAUUAUAAGAGCGGUGACUUGGAAAAAGAGGCAAAACGAACGAAUCUGGCAAGCAGAGGAGCGACGCAUACUGCUAGAGCUUAACAAAAGGCCGUGCUCAAAGAACCGUUGUUUCACACCUACCAACUCACAACAAUAUCAAUAUCUGCAACCUUCUGAAAGCCUUCCUGAAACUUUGUUUUCCUGGAUGACGCCCGACAAACAAAAUCGCAGCCAUCCUUAUACUGUGAUGGAGGAAACUAUAAUUAAACUCCCUAGAGAUUUUCCAUACAGGCUGGCCUGGGGAACACCAGCCACACAAGAACUGGGCAUUAAGCUGUAUUGCCCUAAGAUGAAGCUGAGUAAGGAACGUAAAAUGAGCAACCUGCUUAUUGAGAAGAAUUUGCAACCAACAAAAUCAAUCCCAGAAAAAGGGAGAUACCUCCUAGUGAGUGACCAAGUUCCAGCACCUUCAACUCCUCCUAUGAGCCCUUUGGAGAGCAAGUUACUCAGUGUGCGUUUCCCAAAGAUGAAGGAAAAGAUUCUGUGUUCUCUCAUGUCAGACUUGCAGGGAUCAUACUAGUCUUUCCUUUAAUUUUCAACAGCGUCCAUUUAUUAAUCCUUUCAUUAUCUUCUGCUCUUUCCAUGCCUUUACUAGAGAGCAAGGUUCUAAGGGUGUAACCUCUUACUCCUACACUUCUGUGUUUCCCCUCAUAUUGUUUGAGUAAGUUCUCAAGGUUGGUUGGCCAAGUAAUAACACCAGUGUUUGACCUCUCCUAUUCCAUUUUGUUGUAUGGAUUCUUUUUAUGAUGUGCAUUUUGCUGCUUUUGAUCGAUUUCUCACAUGAAUAUUUCAUAAAUAAUAGUCCUCAGUUCAAACGUAUUUAGUAAGUAUCCAUGACUAAAGAAAAUAUUGUGUAUUGAUUAAUUAUGGAUUCAGCUAAACCAAGAGGUGUUAUUUAUGCAGAUGUAUAAUAGUCUAAUACUGUGGAAAGCCUGGAUUCCUGGAAGAGUAAAGUAAUGUUUCCCCUUGAGAUUCAUCUCAUGUUAACUUCUAGUGCAUCAUUAAAGACUAUGCAUGUUCUUUGUUUUCCUCCAUUUUUCUUCCCCCCCCCCAAAAAAAAAAAAUCCCCAAAUAAUUCAUUUCAAGCAGCAUUUGAAAUACCAAUUGCUUGUCUAAAGGGAUCACCAUGUAUUUUGGGACAACCCAUUCAAUAUGCUAAUCAUCCAUUCCUGUAUAUUCUUCUUUACUGACUAAUUUGUACCUAUAUUAAAGGCACUCACUGCUGCUGA